AUGAGCUCGUCGUCUGUCCCGUUGAGAGUUCCCCGCCUCAUCUCCUUGUCGCUGACAUGGGCGUUCGCGGUCAUGGCGAGCGGCGCAGGUCUGAACUCACUCAUCAAGAGCGACCAGAGUCAGAGCUCGCUGAAGAGCAAGGUUCCCCCGCCUGCCGUGGUCACCAUCGAUAUCUCUGACGUACGAACGACGGGGAUCAUCGCAACCGUCGCGUGUCUCUUGACCGCGCUUUUGACGUCCGCCUUCGUCUUUUUCCUCUUGUUCCCCAUAAAAUUCGGCUCUACCUCCACGCCUUUGUCAACGCGUACCUUGAGACUGCAGUGGAUCUCACUAGCAUUCUGCGCACUCUUCCUCUUCUCCGUCCAAGUUCCAUUCACGCACUACUUCGCCACCCGCGCGGCGGUCGUACGGGCCUUUGUUGGCAACGUGGAGCUUCCCCAUUCGGUUAUUCAGACGGUGGAGGCUCAACUGGGAGCAACGAGUAUCUACAGGGAGAUCGACUAUCUGCGUCUUACCGCCGUAUUUCCGUGGAUCGCAUUCGCCUCGUUAUUGGUGACGAUCGGCAUCACUGUGGCCGCAAUCUUCAGCACCCGUGGUCUACGUACUCAUCCUGGCUCUGCCUCGUCGAUGGUAGAGAAGGACAGCGCCUUCAGCGGCAAAGGGAACGACGUUGCUGAGCAAGAGAUGAACGAGAAGGUUUAA